AUGAAUAAGUUAAUCAUAGUUUUAAUUGUCGGCACCUGCAUUGCCUCUGCUUUGGCCACCGAUUAUUGUUCAGCCAAGUUAUGUAGUAAAGGCGUAACACAUGUUGCCUGUGGGAAGAAGGAAUUUUUCGACACCUGUCCAUCCAAUGCUGCCUUUGUAAAAAUCGAUGACACUUUGAAAGAAGAAAUUGUCCGAGCGCACAAUGAAAAACGUAAUCUGGUUGCCGGAGGUGGAGUAAAUGGUCUGGAACCUGCUUGUCGUAUGGCCACCAUGGAAUGGGAUGAUGAAUUGGCUGCUGUUGCUGCCUACAAUGUUCUCAAAUGUAAAAUGGCUCAUGACAAGUGUCGCAAUACAGAAACCUUUAGAUAUGCUGGUCAGAAUUUGGCUUGGCGUUCAUUCUGGGGCCAGCAAAGUUAUAGCACACUUUUCCAAAAAUCCUUUGACAUGUGGUAUAAUGAAGUUAAGGAUGUUAAAAUGGAAUAUCUCAAUGAGUUCCCUAAGGGCUACAAGGGACCUCAAAUUGGUCACUUCACUGUUAUGAUGGCCGAUCGCAAUAUCCGU